AUGUCCAGGACGAUCGAAGACUUGGCUCAAAAAGCUCAAGACGAACAGGAAUUGCGACAACAGAAACAGAGAGAUGAGCAAAGCUCUACAGAUACCAACAAGGGUUAUACAGAAAUCUCUUCUUUUUUGACACAAAGACCUAGAGAUCCAGACGGUCAACCACGGCGAGCUGGCCAGACUCAACCGAGAAGUCUUGCCGAGAUACUGGGCAAAGAGGACAUCUUUCUCCUCCUUCAUCACCAUUUCGUCCAAUUGCUGAGGUGUCUGGGAGAUAAGUUUGGGGGGCUACCUCUUGCACAGCGGAAAGAUAGCCUCCAAACCGGGACAUCGCCCCAACUACAAAUGACGAGCCCCAACAAGCGUGGAAGAAUCGACCUGCGCAUGCCAGCCAUUCUAGCGUAA